AUGAUUUCCAGCAUCGGACUGUUGGCUUGGUACACUAUCCGACGGGAUAUGUCGUCUUUAGCACAUUAUUACGAAUUAUCAAAGUGUCAAGUGAAGGCACUUGACCAACUUCCUGUUCAAUCGUUGUGGCAGCAUUUCUCUGGGGGUGAAUCUCUUCCUCUCAACCCCACUUCAGAUCGCUCAUUCGCCUAUUCACAACAUUCUGUGCUUUCGAUUACUCCAAUGACGCCCAAGAGUGUUUCACUACAAGUGGAUUUAUUGGAGCGUUAUCAUUUUAACCACCGGUUCCAGGUGCCGUUUGCAGAGCUUCUGACAUUCCUACGGCCCCUUUUUCUUCAAUCUCCGUCCCCGUUUACGUCCGAUUCGAGCAUUUAG